AUAGUAAUCUGUGUUUUUUUAUGGGACCGUGGGCUCGCUGGGCCUCGUGCGGUCAUCCGGAGGAAUUCACGUUCGAGGCUGUGCGGCACACGCCCUCUACGUCACCGAGCCUCAAAGUGAGACUAUCAACUUCUCUGCCUUCACUUUGUCCUCGCUGCUCGCUGCUCUCACCUCCCUCCCUCUGCUGCUGCUCACUGCUGGAGGGAAACAUGCCCAGAAACUCACGGAAUACUUCACAACCUUUAGUCUACUGACGCAACCCGGACAGCCCACCAGCUCUACAGGUAAACUCACCUGGCUGAUUGUUCUUUCAGCCUGGCCUCUAAAAUGGCUCAUCAGAACCAGACCUGUCAUUAUAAUGAGUCCAUGGGCUUCUUCUACAACAACAGUGGCGCUGAAGACAAAUGGUACAGCUCUCAGCUCAUCCUGGUGCAGGUGGUCGGCUCACUCUUCUGCUUUUUCAUCCUGGUCUCCAACGCCAUGGUCAUAGCUGCUGUCAUCACCAAUAAGAGGUUCCACUACCCUUUCUACUAUCUCCUUGCUAACCUUGCAGCCUCAGACUUCUUGGCGGGGAUUGCAUAUGUGUACCUCAUGUUUAACACGGGUGAGCUGUCACGGAAACUUACAGUUAAAGGAUACUUCAUCCGUCAGGGUCUACUGGACGUUAGCCUCUCUGCCUCACUGGCGAACCUGCUGGUGAUCGCUCUAGAACGCUACAUCUCCGUCAUGCACUGGAACGUCCACAGCAACCUGACGAAGAGGAGGGUGACCCUGCUGAUCGUGCUGGUGUGGGCCAUCUCCAUCUUCAUGGGGGCUGUGCCCAGUCUGGGCUGGAACUGCAUCUGCAACCGAAGCGACUGCUCCCAGCUCGCACCCAUUUUCAGCAGGAGCUACUUGAUCUUCUGGUCGGUGUCUAAUCUGGUGGUGUUCCUAGUGAUGGUGGUCAUAUAUAUGAGAAUCUACGCCUAUGUCAAGAAGAAGACGGCCAUGCUCUCACCACACACCAGCGGCUCCAUCAACCGCAGGAGGACUCCCAUCAAGCUCAUCAAGACAGUCAUGGUUGUGCUAGGGGCCUUUGUGAUCUGCUGGACUCCUGGCCUGGUGGUUUUGCUGAUGGAUGGACUCAACUGUAGGAGCUGUAACGUCAUGAAACUAAAACGCUGGCUCCUGCUCCUGGCUGUACUCAACUCUGUCAUGAACCCCUGCAUCUACUCCUACAAGGAUGAGGAAAUGUGGACAACCCUCAAAAACCUCCUGCGCUGCAUUGGGAACGGCACGCGACGCCAGCGGUCGACAAAGGCCAAUGCCAGACCGCUCAGCUCUGCUCAGGACACUGGCAACAGCCAGCCCCCAUCAGAGGAGACAAAAAAUGAUGAACAGGACAUACUAAAGACCUGAAAAUCUAACUUUUAAAGCAUGGACCAGAACUUGUGUCUUGUUCGGACUGGACAUUGCUCGCAAAGACAUGGAUUGGAGUUGACUUGAAAGAGGAACCACACCUUUAUCUCUGGUUGCAGGCUUCAGUGUGGAGCUAGAGUGUGUGGUGUUGAGAUGGACCUAAGAAGAGAUCAUGAUGCACUGCUAAUAGCCUACAUGGAUUCAAAGAUGUGCUUUUCAGCUACUACAGGAUUUUACAGUUUUUUUAGACACAUAACUCUCAUUAGUUUGCAAUGAGACAUUUCUGUUUUUAUUAGUCUUUUUCUCACCUCACAACUAGGAUAAUCCUGCACUCUUUGCUGAGGAGAGAGUCAAGUCGGGAGUGCAGAGCGGUACAUUUCUUUUUUUACUUGCAAAAAAUUGUAGAAAUAAUGCAAAAUGUUCCACAUUUGCAUGAAUCUUACUGAAUUAUCCUUGUAUGGUUAUAAAGGUUUCAUUCCUGUGUCGCUUUUUGCUACAAUAGCAAUACUGAAAGGGCUGAUCUAGGAUAGAAAUGCAACAUGUUUAUAGUCAGGUACUACUAAACUGUAGAUUUACUUGGGUAGGACGUUUUUAAGAUUAUUUCUGUUUUUUAAAACACAGCAAUCAAAAAUACUGUAAACUCUUGUUCCAUAUAUCCACUUGUACAUCUUGUAAGGGGCUUUCAAGAAGAGGUGAAGUCAUUUUAACUGUUUGACACCUAACAUGUUCAGUAUGAUCCAAUUGUUUGGCAAAUAUUAACAAUGUUUUAGUUCAGUUUAGAAACUCUCCACCUGCUUUUGUUUUGUUGGAAGCAGGUUUGCCUCAGGGGACAGAGAUAACAGUCACUCCUUUCUUGUUCCAUCCAGAGUAUUAUGUUCUUUCACUUAAGCAAACAGAAAACUCCAGCCUGCAGCACCUCAUGAAGGUAAACUUGUUUUCCCUUGUACACUUGAAGCACAUCCACUUCAAUUCACCAUAUGAGUUUUUCUGGCUCUGGAGAAACAGCUGCUCACCUGGCAAUGCAGGGGUUGAAAAAUGAUUUUGCGACACACUGGAUUCCUGCAAGAGGAUCAGCUUACCCAAGAGGAUAUGACUGAAAAGACUGUAACGACACUAGUCUCACACAUGCACACACACACACACACACACACACACACACACACACGCAAACACUCCAACACCCCUCGCCCCACACCAGGCUGCUCUGGGAACUCCAUUGCCAAAUCAUUGACAGGGUUUUAAACGACUCUUUGCUUUGCUGUACAGUAUUUAUAUUGCUCCUGCUGUAAAGGACAUGCUAAUUAAAGCUGUUUUUUUAACAU